AUGGCAUCCUUCACCUUCGACCUGGGGCCCUCCCUCAUGAGCGAGGUGUUCGGUUUGAUUGACAGUCCCAAUGGCCACCCAGAGCCCAGCCACGCCUGGGAGGCAGAGGAGGCGGAGGAGCCAAGCGGCUCUGCGUUCGGGUUUGCGACCAAUGAAGGCUCGGAGAUGGACUCGGAGAUGGAUGCCACCACUGCCUCAUUGGUGGAUUCUCUGCUUCGAGAGGACUGUAGUAGUAGCAGGAAGAGUCCAUAUGGGAUGGAGUGGGAAGAGGAGGAAGAGGAGGCUAGGAGAACGAAUGUGGAUGGAGGUGAGCAGCAUCUUAAAGGGGCGGUGCCUGAUUUAGUGAUGGGCUCCCCCUCUAGACAGAGGCCUGCUAUGGAGAGUGAGAGGUUCCAGGGUUCCACUGAUGUGCUGGGGGUGCUCUACGGGGUUGGAGGGCUCCUGAAGGGGCAGCAGAGGAUGGAUCUGGAGGGAAAGGUGACCAUGUGCCAGACCAUGAAGAAAACCCCUUACAUUUGCAUUACACCUGAUGAGGAGGAGGAGGAAAUCAAAGUCUGA